AUGCCCUCGCUAUGGAGAGAAAUCCUCCUGGAGACCCUCCUGGGCUAUGUUUCUUGGUCUCUCUACCAUGGGCUGGGCCCCAUGAUCUAUUACUUUCCCCUGCAAACACUGGCGCUCACUGGGCAGGAAGGUUUUGGUAUAGCCUUUCUUUCUCCGGCACUCCUCACAAUUACUCCUUUCCGGAAACUGGUUAAGAAGAAGUGGGUGCUGACUCUGCUGCGGAUCGUUACUAUCGGCGGCAUAGCCUCCUUCGAGGCACCAAAUGCCAAACUUCGACUGUUGGUCCUUGCGCUUGGUGUGUCUUCCUCGCUGAUAGUGCAAGCCGUGACAUGGUGGUCAGGAAGUGGCUUGCAAAGGUACCUCAGAAUCUGGGGAUUCAUUUUAGGACAGAUUCUUCUUCUUGUCCUCCGCAUCUGGUACACUUCACUCAACCCAAUCUGGAGUUAUCAGAUGUCCAACAGAGUGAUACUGACAUUAAGUACCAUAGCCACACUUGAUCGCAUUGGCACAGAUGGUGACUGCACUGAACCUGAACAGAGGAAGAGCAGCGAGACAGCCAAGGCCACAACCAGUAGACCUAGACGACUACUGGCGGGAGCUGCCUUUGGGAGUCUUAUGUUCCUCACCCACUGGAUCUUUGGAGAGGUCUCUCUUGUUUCCAGAUGGGCAGUGAGUGGUCACCCUCAUCCAGGGCCAGAUCCUAACCCAUUUGGAGGUGCAAUUCUGCUUGGCCUGGCAAGUGGAUUGAUGCUUUCAACUUGUUCAAGGUUUCGUGAUGCUGGUUUAAUGUGGUGGGUUACAGGAGCAGCUUCGGCUGCAGGUCUCCUUUACUUGCGCACCUGGGCAGCAGCUGUAUCUGGCUGUGUGCUGGCUAUCUUCACUGCGUCUGUGUGGCCUCAAGUGCUUGGACAACUGAUUGGUUCAGGGACAAGCCCUGGGGAAACCAUGACCAUGGCUAUGACAGUUUAUCUUCUAGAAAUGCUUUUCUGUGCAUGGUGUACAGCUUUUAAGUUUGUCCCAGGAGGUGUCUAUGCAAGAGAAAGAUCUGAUGUGCUUUUGGGAAUUCUGAUGCUAAUUAUUGGACUGAAUAUGCUCUCUGGUCCUAGGAGAAACCUUGACUUUCUUCUUCAAACAAAAAACAGUCAUAAAGUGCUUUUCAGAAAGAGUGAAAAGUACAUGAAACUUCUUUUGUGGCUGCUUGUUGGUGUGGGGUUAUUGGGAUUAGGACUACGGCAUAAAGCCUAUGAGAGAAAAUUGGGCAAAGGGGUACCAGUAAAAGAGGUCUCUGCUGCCAUUUGGCCUUUCCGGUUUGGAUAUGACAAUAAUGGAUGGUCUAGUCUGGAGAGAUCAGCUCAGCUGCUCAAGCAGACAGGUGCAGAUUUUAUAACACUUCUGGAGAGCGAUGCCUCUAAGCCUUUCAUGGGGAACAAUGACAUAACCAUGUGGCUAGGGGAGAAGUUGGGUUUCUAUACAGACUUUGGUCCAAGUACAAGAGAUCACACUUGGGGGAUUAUGGUGCUGUCAAGAUACCCAAUCGUGAAAUCGGAGCAUCACCUUCUUCCAUCACCAGAGGGCGAGAUUGCACCAGCCAUAACUCUGACUGUUAGCAUCUCAGACAAACUGGUUGAUUUCGUCGUGACACACUUUGGGAAUUACGAAGAUGACCUUGAUAGGAAACUGCAGGCUAUUGCUGUUUCAAAACUACUGAAAAAUUGUUCUAAUCAAGUGAUAUUUCUGGGAUAUAUUACAUCAGAACCUGGUUCCAGAGAUUACCUGCAGCUCACAGAACAUGGCAAUGUGAAGGAUAUCGACAGCACAGAUUAUGACAGAUGGUGUGAAUACAUUAUGUAUCGGGGGCUGAUCAGGUUGGGUUAUGCAAGAAUUUCUCAUGCUGAACUGAGUGAUUCUGAAAUUCAAAUGGCCAAAUUCAGGAUCCCUGACGACCCCAUUCAUUAUAGAGACAAUCAGAAAGUGGUCAUAGAGAGCAGAGAAGUGCCCAAGAAAAUUCAUUUCAAUCCCAGAUUUGGAUCCUACAAAGAAGGACAUAACCAUGAAAACAAUCACCAUUUCCACAUGAAUACUCCCAAAUAUUUUGUAUGA